GGAGGGCUGAGCAUUGUGACUCAAAAUCCACAAAAACAUGACCAUGGCUGAUGAGACUCUGAGUCAAGAUUGGAGGGGCAGCACCACCGAGCCCAACACCCCAGAGUCAGUUCCUGAUCUGAAAACCCCCUCGGACUGGGUCUUCGCUCGUCUAAUCCCAACCAACCGCCCCGCCCAGGCAGCGAUAGAAAAGACGUUUGCGUUGAAUUCGAGUCACCACUCCCAGUUCAUUGCAGAAACAGAGUUUCGAGAUAAACGAGCGUUAUGUUUUGAGUUAUCGUUGCGAGUGUUGCCAGAGUACCCUCAAAUAGGAUGGCGCAUCGGAAAGGGCCGCGCUGACCUUGGAAACAAUCGUGGUGUGGACCUCCUGCUACAUGGAGCCGGGGGUGACGAUGUUGCAGGCCAACAUGCACGCUUAAAUUGGGUCAAGGGAGCAGCGGGCUUCUUCUUGAUCGCGAGUAAUAGAAGAGGAAAGAGAUGUACGAUGAAUGGUGAUGACUUCACGCACGAUCGGCGCGUUAUACCCUUUAAGAACACCAUCAUGCUCGGGGAAUGCGCAUUUACUCUUCAGUAUGUUGUUCGCGAACCCAAAGAAGAGGACCGGUUCCAGGUGGAACUGAAGGAAUUUUGUUCAAGCGUGUUACAAGAUAAGAACCCAUAUAUCCUUCCAACGCCGCGGGAGGCAGACGCAAGAUUUGGGGACUGGGUAGUACAACACGCAAUUUCAAAAGGGGCGUACGGAACCGUGUAUAUGGUGACGCACGCGGCGGAUGGAAGGCCUGCGGCCGCAAAACAGCUUUUGAAGACGAGGUGGAAUGCUAGGCAGGUUGAACACGAAGUGAAGAUGGCGCUGAGAAUAUCAAAGCUUGAGCACCCGGGAAUUGCCAGUCCAUUUUAUAUACGGCAGCGGCCCUGUAGAAGUGCGAUAGAAAUUUCCAGGAUCAAAGACCUCCUCAGUGACACGUGGGACCCUAAGAGAAUGGGCGACAUAACCGACGAAUACAUCAUCUUCUCUCCCUUACUAAACGCGACCUUCCACUCUAUCAUCACUUCCACCCUGCCCGAGUCCCGCCGCACACACUUCUUUGCCAGAUUGCUGGAAGGAGUAGCCUUUCUUCAUGACCAAGGGCUAUGCCAUCGAGAUAUCAAGCCGGGCAACAUCUUGAUACGAAGCUACGAUCCUCCCGAGGCUUUACUAUCCGAUUUUGGAUGUGCAUCCGAUCAGAAUUCCAUUUUGUAUGAUCGGCCUGGUACUGUCCCUUAUCUUGCUCCUGAGCAGCGAGAAGGCCUUAAGCAUGGUCGCGCAGUUGAUUACUGGGCGUGUGCUAUUGUUGGCUACGAACUACUUACAGGUGAAGUUACACAUGGUAGAAUCGAGCCGGGCCCAGUGCUGGACUAUUAUCACAAAACACUGGAUGACAGGGGCUCAGUGAUGGCAGAAUGCUGUAAAGACAUGUUGAAUCCCGAUCCAGAUGCAAGAAUAAGUGCCAGAGAAGCGGCAAAUGCGUUGGCAUUAUUCUUUGCAGUACAAGAGAAGAGUCAGGAUGGGCAAAGAAGUGGUGAUGAAAGCGACGCAAUGUCUCUCUUGACCUAUAAACGGACGAGAUAUAAUUGAUGUUGGCAAUCCUAUCUUUUACCUGCCCGUAUCUCAACACGGCCUUCUCGGGCCAUCGUAGUGUUGCAUAAAUGAGGCUACAUCAAUUAGAGUGCCGGUCGCGCCCGCCGGACGCGAAAGACUUCAAGCUCAGGAAGUUCCGAAACACUGCAGGUGGUCACGGAAGCACUUAGGCACUGCCCCGGGC